CUUGGGGGGACGGUGACCCUCCGGAUGGGCCCUUCUGGCACCCUGCUUGCAACGCGGCAAACAGGAAACAUGUGAGCACCGGCAGUUGAGUGUAACCCACAAACGGAAAGCCGCCUUGGGUAAGAGAGAAAAUGAGAGCUCGGGCGCCUGGCAGGUCAAACACCUUCAGCACGGGACCAGCAUCCCUCCCGGCCUGGGGACCCUCUCUGUCCUGUGCACCCCAAAACUGAGGGUCCCUCUGGGCACGCAGGUAAGGACUGAGCCGCGAGCCAUGGCGGAGCGCCGGGCGGCCACCAAGGGCCGGCGUAUGGGCUCCAGCCGGCGAAGGCAGCUGCAGGAGGGCUCCGGUGAGACACCGGCAGCAGCUCCCGGCCCCAGCGAGGAGCCGCCGUGGGCAUCCGAAAUGGUGCAGAGAAUGCAGGACUUCUUCAGGAAGCAGGGCAAGGACCAGGCGGGGUUCGUCACCCGCUCAGACAUGCAGAAAUUGCAGGAGGAAGAUUUCCCAUGCAGCACAGAGGAGCUGGAGCUCAUCUUUGAUGGGCUGGAUGCUGCCGGCACCGGGCAGUUAAGCACCGAGGAGUUCACUGCUGGGGUCUGGCAGUUCCUGAGCUCCCAAAAAGCUACCAGGAACCACCGCCGGCGGAAAACGGCAUCCCGGAGGGUCCGCUUGGUCCUCCCCAGCCCAGCGUUGGAUGGGGCGGACAGCGAGGAGCAGAGACACUUUGCUGCCUUCAUGGAGCAGCUGGGCACGGACAACGUCUCUGAAGAACAGGAGAUCUGGCAGCUCUGGGUGAAGCUCCGGGAGGACGAACCCCAGCUCCUGGGCAACCUGGAGGACUUUCUGGCCAAGAUGAGGCACCGCAUCCAAGAAGCCAGGAGCAAGAAGGAGGCUUUGAAGGCGACCCUGAACAAGCGUGUGGCUGAGCAUGACAAGGAGGUGCAGCAGCUCUGUGAGGCCCUGGAGCAGCAGAUUCAGCAGGAGCAGCAGUGGCUGGAGCAGCAGAGCGUGGCCCGGAGCCACCAACACGGAAUGGAGCUGCAGCGAGCGCUGGAUGCCAGCGAGAGGGAGGUGCAGCGCUUGGUCACGGCGCAGAUGGAGCUGGAGACGCGGUGCCGCAGCCUCCGCAGCAUGCAGCAAGCCACCAGCACUGAAAACCGGCAGCUGGAGGAGAGCAACCGGGUGCUGGAGGACCGCCUGCAGCACCUCCACCAGCAGCUCCAGCAGACCCACGGGCGCCUGCAGACAGCGAGGGCUGCGGUGGCUUGGGAGAACGUGGAGGAGCCCGGAGACGGAGUGGCUGCAGAGCUGCCCAGCGAGAUGCCCCUGUCCCCACAGAUGAGUCCGGAGAAGAGUGAGAAGUACCGCUCCGAGAUGCGGACCAGGCUGGGGUCCCAGAGUGGCGAGCCCAAAGUCAAGAGCACCCACCAAGUGGUUUGGGAGAUGCUGCCAGCAGAAAUAAGCCUUUUGGGAGCCCCGCCAAGAGCGAGCUCCGUGGAAGAGGACCCCUUCCCAGAAUUUCUCAAAGAGGAACGCUUUUCUAACCAAAGCUCUUUGCUAAGAGAGAUGAAUGAUGCAAUAGCGGCUCUGAGCAAACAGCUGAAGCCACAGGCACCGGGUACACCCCCUGUGCCGGGAGACGCUGCCUGUCACCCCCAGGAUGAUGCUGAGCCCCAAACGGGGCCGGAGGCAGCCACAGCCCAUGGCACAACCCCCGGGGUCCUGCAAGAGACCCUCCCCGGCCACGUCACUCACGAGCCGUUUGAAGGAGACCUGAAAGAGGGACCAGCCGCAGCUGAGCUUUGUGCUCCGGACACGACACAGGCUGGUGCGUCCGUGGGAGCCAGGCACCGCAGGGCUCAGGAGCCGGGGGCAGAGCAGGGAGAGAGCCCAGAGGAUGCACGGAGGAUGUUAUUCCUGCAGGGAAAGGGCGCUGGUGUGAAGGAGCUGAUGCUAAAGGCGGCUCAGCAUCUGCAAGAAGCACCGGGAGAGAGCACAGAGGCAGGAGAGCAGGCACUGAUGGAGGUGGAGGGAGAAGGAUGGAUGCAGGAAAAAAUAGGUUGGGAAAAGGUACAGCCCCCAGGAGAAGCUGAGGAAGUGGCAUUAAGCCAGGGAGAAAAUCUGGAGACAGGACUGGGGCCACCUGAGCCUGGGGAGGCAGGACUAGCAGCGGGAUGGCAGCUUGCUACAGAUGGGCUUGGCCCAGCUGUGGCUCCAGGAGAGCAUCCACAGCCCCUGGACAUGGGUCUGGGGGAAGAGGCUGACCUGCCAUCGGGGCUCUCAGAGAAACUUGAAAUAAAGCCAGGAGAGCACCUGGAGCCAGAGCCACCAUCCCAGGUUGAGGCACGAAUGGGAGCAGCCCAGAAGGACGGUGUCCUCCCCGAGGUGACAGUGGCUCCUGGCCCCGGGAUGCUGGACGAAGAGCAUGUCAGUGCAGAGGUGCAGCCCCAGGGGGAAACCUUAGAUGCUGACGAGCUGCCAGCCCCAGCUCAGCAUGGAGGGAGCAGCAGAGCCAGGGCCGGGGAAGGGGAGGUGGAGGUAACACAACCCAGGGAGGCAGAACCGCAACCGCAGGGUGAGUCUGCGAGUGGAGAGGCAGGAUGGGGAGGGAGCGUGGGUGCAGAGGUGCCGCUGCCGGCGGCUGUGCCACCCGCCGACAUGCAGGAAGGUGGAGCGGGAACAGAUGUGCAACCGCUGGAGGCCCAGAGCAACGAUGCCAACAGGCAGCUGCUUGCAGAGGUGAAGGUAGCUCUGCAGCCCCUGAGAGAGGCCGGCUGUCUGGGGACGGAGCAGGGAGGGAGCGUAGCUCCAGGUGUGCAACCACUGGAGGAGGAUGAUAAACCAGAGUUAGGGCUGGGGGAGGAAAUGGGUGCUGCUGCAGUGCAUGGUGAGGGUCCUUCCCCAGCAGAAACACCUGCAGGGAGCCCAGAUCUGGGUGGGCUGUUCCCAGUUAAGGCUCAGGCACUGGAAAUGGUGGAGACAGAGGACUCCCAGGCAGACAUGCAGCUGCAUGGAGGUGCCAGCCCAGAAACCCUCCAGGGAGGGGGCGACCGUGCAGCUGUACAUCUCCUGGAGGAGGCUGAGGAUGGGGAACAAGGACACGGUGAGUGUGGGCUGCCACAAGAGGCUUUGCUUUACCCCCAUGGAGUGACGAUCAGGCAGGGAGAGGGGGCUGCUGCUGGUGUGCAGUCCCCUGAGGAGGCUGUAAUGUUGGACAUGCUGGAGGUUCAGAGCUCUGAUGCCAAUGUGCAGCUGCUUGCAGAGGUGGACAAGCUCAGAUUGACCCCAGGAGGGAGCAGUGAGACAGAUCUGCAGCUGCCAAGUGAGGUUAGGUCCCCGGGGACAGAGCAGGGAGGGAGCGUGGCUCCAGAUGUGCAACCCCUGGAUCAGGUUGAUACACCAGCGUUAGUGGAAAUGGUGGAGGCAGAGGACUCCUGGGCAGAGACGCAGCUUCUUGGGGGUGCCAGCCCAGAAACCCCCCAGGGAGGGGGGGACCGUGCAGCCAUGCAGCUUGGGGAUGAGGCUGAGGAUGGGGAACAAAUGCUGGGGGAGCAGGGGCUGCCACAUGAGCCUGUGCUUGAUCCGCAGGGAGCAGGAGUCGGGCGUGGAGAAGGGGCUGGUGCAGGUGUGCAACUGUGGGAGUCGGCUGAAAGCCUGGACUUGCUGGAGGACCAGAGCACUGAUGCCAUCAUGCAGCUGCUUGCAGAGGUGGAUGAGCUCAGAUUGACCCCAGGAGGGAGCAGUGAGACAGAUCUGCAGCUGCCAAGUGAGGUUAGGUCCCCGGGGACAGAGCAGGGAGGGAGUGUGGCUCCAGAUGUGCAACCCCUGGAUCAGGUUGAUACACCAGAGUUAGUGGUAAUGGUGGAGGCAGAGGACUCCUGGGCAGAGAUGCAGCUUCUUGGGGGUGCCAGCCCAGAAACCCCCCAGGGAGGGGGGGACCGUGCAGCCAUGCAGCUUGGGGAUGAGGCUGAGGAUGGGGAACAAGGGCAGGGGGAGCAGGGGCUGCCACAUGAGCCUGUGCUUGAUCCGCAGGGAGCAGGAGUCGGGCGUGGAGAAGGGGCUGGUGCAGGUGUGCAGCCCCCUGAGGAGGCUGUAAUCCUGGACACACUGGAGGUUCAAAGCAGUGAUGCAAACAUGCAGCUGCUUGCAGAGGUGGAUGAGCUCAGAUUGACCCCAGGAGGGAGCAGUGAGACAGAUCUGCAGCCCCUGGGAGAGGCCGGCUCCCUGGGGACAGAGCAAGGAGGGAGCAUGGCUCCAGAUGUGCAUCCCCUGGACCGGGUUGAUAAACCAGAGUUAGUGGAAUUGGAGGCAGAGGACUCCUGGACAGACACACAGCUGCAUGAGGGUCUUGGCCUAGAAGCCCCAUGGGGCAGGAAGGGCAGAAGAGCCGUGCAGCUUGGGGAUGAGGCUGAGGAUGGGGGACAAGGGCUGGGGGAGCAGGGGCUGCCACAUGAGCCUGUGCUUGAUCCGCAAGGAGCAGGAGUUGGGCAGGGAGAGGGGGCUGGUGCCGGUGUGCAACUGUGGGAGUUGGCUGAAAGCCUGGACUUGCUGGAGGACCAGAGCACUGAUGCCAUCAUGCAGCUGCUUGCAGAGGUGGAUGAGCUCAGAUUGACCCCAGGAGGGAGCAGUGAGACAGAUCUGCAGCCCCUGAGUGAGGCUGGCUCCCUUGGGACAGAGCAGGGAGGGAGCUUGGCUCCAGAUGUGCAACCCCUGGAUCAGGUUGAUAAACCAGAGUUAGUGGAAAUGGUGGAGGCAGAGGACUCCUGGACAGACACACAACUGCAUGAGGGUGCCAGCCCAGAACCCCCCCAGGGAGGGGGAGACCAUGCAGCUGUACAUCUCCUGGAGGAGGCUGAGGAUGGGGAACAAGGGCAGGACAAGCACAGGCUGCCACACGAGCCUGUGCUUGAUCUGCAGGGAGAAGGGGCUGGUGCAGGCGUGCAGCCCCCUGAGGAGGCUGUGAUCCUGGACGCAUUGGAGAUUCAGAGAACUGAUGCAAAUGUGCAGCUGCUUACAGAGGCAGAGGAGCUCAAACCAACCUCAGCAGGGAGCACAGAGGCAGAUCUGGCACGCUUGGGUGCAACUGGGAUGUGGGAAGGCGAGCAGAGCCAGCCUCCUGGUUUGGAGGCAGGUCUGCGUGCAGCUCACGCCGCAGACACGUGGGAGGGAGCUGCUGGUGCACGUGUGUCCCCUCCACUUGAGGCUGCUUCCCAUCCUGAGUGUGCCGCUGCUGCUGAGGGUCCUGGUCUGGAAGUAAAGCUGGGAGCACUCACUGGUCCUCAUGGGCAGAUCCUGGAGGACACCCAGACACUGGAAUUACCACAGGGAGAGAGAGCUGCUGCAGAUGGGAGGCUUCUGGAUGGAGCUCAAGGUCUGGAGGUGGUACAGGGAGAGAGGCUGGAGGUGGGGGUGAGUUUAGUUGAAACUCAGGGUCUAGGGCUAAAGCAGGGCCGUGAUGAUGGUGCGUUUGAGCUGGCCUCCCUGGUCUUCGAGGAGCCAUUACAAAUCAGCACACUAAAGCUGGAAACGAUGAUGCAGAAGGAUGUUCUUAUUCCAGAUGUGCGGCGGCUAGGCACUUCGGGACAGGCAGUCCAAAGCGAGCUUCAGAAGCAGGUCUUGGCACAGGCAGAUAAGGUGAGGCUUCACACUGCUUCCCAGCAGCUGAAGGAGAAGCCACUGCAUGUGAUGGAAACAGAGCAGGUAGCUACCGGACCUGCUGAACCUCCAAAACAAGAGAUGCCACCAGCAUCAACCCUUCACAUGAGGGUCCAACAGGAGGAAGAUGCUGGGGAUGACCAGCUGGGGAUGGUCCUUGGAGACAGCUCACUGAGGGAUGCAGACAACAGCAGCAUGCAGCCUCAAAAGCAACACUUGGGAGAACAGAGUGAAGACCUUAAUGUUGAUCAAUGGGAGAAGAAGCAAGAAGUUGGGUGGAAAACGAGCCAGAAAGGUGAGCCCAGCCCAGGAAAGCCAGGGGCUGUGACUGCAGAUGGGGGAGGACCUGCCCCAAGGGGUUCUCCUGAAGCCUCCCUGGAGCCAGACCACCUCUACAACGUGCUGUUCGUCGGGGACUCCCACGUGGGCAAAACAUCAUUCCUGUACCGGCUGCACGCCGACACCUUCAACCCGCACCUCACUGCCACAGUAGGACUGGAUUAUCAGGUCAAAAACCUCAUCGUGGACAACAAGCGCUUUGCUCUCCGCCUGUGGGACUCGGCCGGUCAAGAAAGGUACCACAGUAUGACCAAGCAGUUCUUCCGGAAGGCGGAUGGCGUUGUGCUGAUGUACGAUAUCACAUCGGAGUACUCCUUCUCGGAUGUGCGGUACUGGCUGAGCUGCAUCCAGGAAGGAGCAGAAGACGGAGUUGCUAUUCUGCUUCUUGGGAACAAAACCGACUGUGCUGAAGACAGAAAGGUCCCUACAGAGGAGGGGGAACGCUUGGCCAAGGAGCAUCAGCUCAUGUUUUACGAAUGCAGUGCUGCCUCGGGCCACAAUGUCUUGGAAUCCAUGGUCAGCUUAAUCAGGUUGCUCAAAGUUCGUGAAGAUGAAUUGAAAAAUAAAGCAGCAGAGGUACCAAAGCCACCCCAGAAGAAAAAGGGCUGCUGCUAGUGAUGGACAGACCCCCCUGCCUCCAUGAUCUGAAACUGCAGCAACAGCCAGAAAAGCAUAAAAAUAGCCCUCAGACACCAUCUCUGCUCCCCAUGUGUCUGCCUUGCCUGAUCUCCCUCAGAUGCUGAGAGCAAAAGCUGCUGCAGAGGAGCUGGCUGCCACCCGGCCCCUUCCCCGCUCAUCUCCUGCCAUUAUCCCAGAGCACAUAAGCCCUCCAAAAUACUUGUUGGGAAACUUUGCCACUUUCUUUUGGAGACAAAGAACAGACUAAGGAAAGAGGCAGGAAAGGAAUGCAGCUGGAUCUGAGAUGCUGGAACUAUACUGCAAACAGCAGGGAGCAAAACCGUGUCUUGGGAUAAAAGAAAUGAAUACCAGGAGUCACCCGAAGACCAGUGUAUAAAACAAGGGGGGGUUAGGGCCAUCGGUGCUGCCAUGCAGUGGUGACUUUUGCUCUGGCUUUGCAAUCUGAUCGGAUUUGA